AGCCUCUUUGCUGAAGGUCUUUCAGAUUCCAAGCCAGCAGACAAGCACACCCGUGUCAGGACUAUGAUGAGCAGAAGCCUCUGGCUGGUGCCACAGUUUGGCCCCUCUAGGGGCCUUCUCGGAACCCCAAGCUUCAGGCCCCUGAGUGUCCUGCACAGAUACACUCCCAAGCUAGUUCUCCGAACAAGCUUCAGCUCAUCCACAGACAGCCUGAUUUCCAGGUUCUGUCCAAAGAAUACAAACCUGAAGGAUUAUGCCCUUCCCAACGCCAGUUGGAACCCUGAGAUGACGCGCUUGUACAAGGAGUAUCUAGAAAAGACAAAGGAUGGGGACUGGAUCAAACUUCCUUCCUUCAAGAGCAAUAGUGACCACAUCAGAGGGUUGAAGAUCCCAGGUGAAUUUAGAGCCACAUCAGACAAAGAAGACUACCGCAUUUUUACCAGGUGCAUUGAAAAGGAAGGACAAGGUUAUGAGUAUGUCAUUUUUUUCCACCCAUCCAAGAAGAAGUCAGUCUGUCUGUUCCAGCCAGGUCCCUACCUGGAAGGCGCUCCAAGAUUUACUCAUGGUGGAGCUUUAGCUGCCUUGGUGGACGAGAUAUUUUCUAAAACUGCAUACUUAUCAGGUCAUGGGCUGUUAACUCUAAGCCUCAACAUCAAAUUUAAAAACAUAAUCCCCGUGAACUCUGUGGCCCUGCUGAAAGUGGAAGUAGAAAAGAUAGAGGACCAGAAGAUUUUCCUAUCCUGCAUCGCCCAGAGCCCUGACCAGCAGGUGCUUUUUGCCAAGGCUUCAGGAGUUUUCCUUCAGCUGGAAUUGGAAGAGGAGAAUAACAGUAGCCAGUCCUAAGGUGUCCUUAUGUGCUACCUACCCACUACUCAACUGAGGACACUGAUAUGCCUUGCAAGAGAGAGAGAGAGAGAGAGAGAGAGAGAGAGAGAGAGAGA